AUGCCCGUCACCAUCGACCACGCCAACUUCCGGCACAUUUUCGACAACAUCGUCUCCCACAUGCCGUGGGACGCGCUGCUCUCCCUCCGUCGCACUUCCAAGGCCAUGAAGCAGCUCGUCGACCCCAUAACGUGCCGCCACAUCAUCCUCGACCUCACGUCUCGUAGCACCCUCGACGUCCGCAACCCGUACACCCACGGGCGCAUCCCGUGUCUCGAGUUCGCCCCCUACGACCGCCGUACACAGGCCAGGACGCUCGCCCUCGUCGCCCAGCACACCAAGAUCAUCGACUACUGGGGCCACGAUGCGUUCCUUUCCGGGGACGGGCCGUACAACGUCGACCACCUUCUCAAGGCCGACAUCGAGGCGUGCCUCGCGGGCGACAAGAUCGUGCGCACCUACAUGACGAGUUAUCGCGUAUUCAGCCGUGGUGCAUACUGGGAGGCGCCGUACGUCGGGUACAACUCAGUCCAGGGGCAGCGCCGCACACUCGCACUGCACGUCGGCAUGCAGCGCUAUCACCUCACCGAGGAACCUUUCUGCCUCAACGCCCAUCCAGUCGUCAUCUUUGGCUUGCCUGUCCCCGCAGGAGAGGGGGUUGUGCUCGUCAAGAUCAUCGGUACCGACUCAGCACCCAUCCCACCCCCGUCAGCCAAAAUCGGGCUCCAUCCUACCAACUCCAACACCAUCGGGGGCUGGGUUAUUCCCGACUUGGUGCACAGCCGUAAUCAUUUGGCAAAGGUACACAUCACCGGCGUCGAGGGCUCAGACACUCCCGCGGCGCUUGAAAUCCUCCAGUCCGUGUGUGCCAACGUGGGGGCAGAGGUCAACAACUUUUUCGGGAACACGUUGUUGGUGGAGGAGCACCAGACGCAGGAGACGAGCCUACGAGACAUCUGGGGGCUGGACGACAUGCAGUGGGCACUCUUGACGACGCCUCUCGGCACCAAGUUCCCCUGCCCGGAGACAUGGAACUUGAAGUAG